GUAUUAUGCAGAUAAACCGCCAUGCCUGUAAAGAAGAAAGACCUCUACCUGGCCAAAUCUCUGAAGGCUCUAAAUGACCUUGCUGCUUUACCAGCUAAAAUGACAAAUAACCCCAAAAUACUGUUGAAAUCUGCAGAGAAAAUCAACAAAGAAGCUGUCCUCAAUGAAUCACUAGGAGAUGAGGAGAAGGCGUACAUUAUGUACAUGAAGUACUUUAAUAUUGUCACCCUUAUCAGGAAGUCCCCAGAUUACAAGAAACAAAAGGACUAUUUUGAUAGUUUGAUUGGACAGAAAACUUUGCUGAAAUGUAUGGAUAAAGCAGAGGAAUUAUCAUCAAACCUUAAGGACAGAUAUGAGUUAGCAGAGGCUGAGGAUGUAGCAAGCAAGUUAUCUCCCCUUGACGAUAAAACUGGUCCUCAAGAGGAACCAGUUAAAUCUGAGGAAAAAGUUCCAAAACCCAAAGAGGAGACAGAAAGUGCAGGCAAAAACAGCGAUAAAGCAGCAGAUGCUAGCCAAGAGACUGCUGGGAAAAUAAGCCCAGUACAGCUGUAUGAUUUGUUAAAUGACAAGGAAACAAGUCUGAUUAUAAUGGAUGUAAGACCAGGAUCACAGUAUCAGGAGUCACACAUCAAACAUGAUUCCUGUAUCAAUGUACCAGCGGAUGUUAUCAAACCAGGGACCACAGCAAUCUACAUAGGGGGAGCAUUACCUGAGGAGGCAAAAGGGCUGUGGGGAAAACGGGGUCAAGUGGAUCACAUCGUCCUACUGGACUGGAACUCGACCUUAAAUCAAGUCACCAUAGCAACACCUCUCCGUACACUGAAGGAUGCCUUGUUCAAGUAUGAUUCAUCAGUGAUCAUUAAGAGUGAGCCUUUAGUCCUGGAAGGGGGUUAUGACCAGUGGCUCAUGUACUACCCCCAACUGACCACUAAUGCUAGAGUGACCAACCCAACCCAGGAGGGACCCACCUCAUCAGCCCCUUCCUUGGAUUUUGACUAUCCCGACUUUGAUGAGGAUUUUUCAUUAACCCCCAAACCUAAACCAAAGCCUCAACCAGUGACAGCCUCAGAUCCUCUAGGUGUCCUCAGCAGUGUAAAUGACACUAGUAAGCCUGCAGCACCCACAGCUGGGGGUCAGGUCAGGCCGGGAGUCCCCUCCAUAGACAGGUCAACAAAGCCUAAACCCUCACCCUCAAGCAACAGUCUGAAUCGUCUAAAUAAUUCCUCCACACCUGCCCUGUCAGACACUAAGUCUGUAUCUCAGCCUAAGAACAACUUAAUGGCAGAGGCCCAGAGGAAAGAAGAAGAGAGGAGGGCUUCAGAAGAAGCCAGGAGAAAGGAAGAGGACAUGAGGACACAGGUAAAGAGAGAUGAGGACCUGAAGGCUCAGACAAAGCAGGAUAAAGAGGCAGAGGAGCAGGAGGCGAGGAGACUCAAGUUACAGAGAGAAAUACAGGAGUUGGAGAGGUUGAAAAUGGAGCAGGCUCGAGAUGUGGCAGAUUUGAUGAGGAAGAAGAAAGUUAUAAUGGAGGAGAAUCAGAGAGAACAGAAGACAGACACACAGACAAAGUCAGCAGAGGAUGAGAGGAGAAGGAAAGAGCUUGAGAGGCUUGAAGUGGAGGAAAAAGAGAUAAGACGGAAACAGGAGGAAAUGGAGCGAGAGAAACAGCGAAGGUUGGAGGAAGUGGAGAGACUGAGGCAGGAGAGGAAGAAGAGGGAAGAAGAGGAGGCAGAGAAGAAGGCUCUAGAUAAGGCAAGAGAAAAUGCCAGACUGGAAGAAGAGAGACGUAAACUGGAGCUGAAGAAAGCGGAGGAUGAGGCACAGAGACUGCGAGAGGAAAAGGAGAGGAGAGAGGCACAGAGGAGGGCUGAGGAAGACAGACAAGAGGCACAGAGGAAGAAAGAAGAAGAGGAGCGAAGGGAGGCAGACAGGAAACGACAGGAGGAGGACCAGAAGAAAGAGGAGGAGAGGAAGAGACAGGAGCAGAUGAAGAAAGUAGAGGAGGAAAAGCAAGAGAAAGAAAGAAAAGAGAAAGAGAGGGCAGAUCAGGCCAGACGUGAAGCCGAAGAGAAACUCCGCAGACUAGACUUUGCUGAGUCCCAGCCUUCCAAACCAAGAACCAUCCCCUCCCCAAACCUCCCAGCUGGAUGGGAGAAGAGACUUGAUCCCAACACAAGGAGGUACUACUACAUCAACCACAACAAAGGAACCACCCAAUGGGAACCACCUUACAUCCAGACAAGUCGACCAUCAGGACAGCUGUCCAUUACUAAACUCAAAGAUGAACCUUCAACUCCAAACCGUGGACUGACCCGGUCCAACUCCUCUCCUAAUAUUGCUAAGAUGAUGUUUGAUGAAGAACAGGCGCCCAAAACUCGUCCCACCAUAGACAGAACCAUCAAACCUAUGGAAAGAGUUGACCAUCCUAAACCAAAGCCCAGAAAAGCUCUACACAGAGAUCUGAACCCAGUCUAUGGAAAUGUGGGUAGAGCACUAACAGGUCUACGUAACCUUGGCAACACAUGUUACAUGAAUUCCACCAUCCAGUGUUUAAACAACACAUCACCCCUGGCAACAUAUUUCCUAACAGACAUGUAUUUAUAUGAUAUAAACAGGGAAAGUCAGCUUGGUUACUAUGGUGAAGUAGCAGACGACUUCUCUGUCAUCAUUAAAGCCUUGUGGUCAGGACAGUACAAAUGUAUCACCCCUAGAGACUUCAAGUACAUCGUGGGAAAACACAACCCAGACUUUGCUGGAACCACUCAGCAGGACAGCCAUGAUUUUCUGACAUUUCUGAUGGACGGACUUCAUGAAGGACUCAAUAAGGUAAAGAAGCGGCCCGAGAUCCCAGAACAGGAGAACGAUAACCUGCCGGACACCCAAGCUGCCGAGCUAGCCUGGAAACAUCACCAGAUGUGUAACGAAUCCAUCAUAGUAGAGCUGUUCCAGGGCCAGCUAAAGUCCACCCUGAUGUGUCUACACUGUCAGAAAAUGUCCGUCAAUUUUCAGGCUUUCAUGUUUCUCACUCUCCCCCUCCCUCCAUCAUCACGGUGUAGCCUUGGGGAUUGCUUGAGGUUGUUCCUGAAAGAGGAGAAACUGACAGGAAGCAGUAGGUGGCGCUGUCCACGAUGUAAAGUUGACCGUGACGCUGUCAAGAAAAUUGACAUCUGGAGACUUCCCAGAAUUCUUCUUAUCGGGCUGAACAGAUUUGUAUAUAAGGGUCAGUGGAGAGAAAAGAUAAAUAGCCAUGUGGAUUUCCCCUCUAAGAACCUUGACUUGAACCCAUACUUAGAUGGGCCCAUAUCUUCAAAGAUCAUCUACAAACUCUACGCUACCUCAAAUCACACUGGCACAUUAGAUGGAGGACAUUAUACAGCAUAUUGCCGUAACCCAUGUACACAGAACUGGUACAAAUAUGACGACGACCAUGUGUCCGAGAUAUCGGAGUCAUCUGUUAGGACUUCAUCUGCGUAUGUCCUGUAUUACACAUCCGUGGAGCUUACACCUCCAAACUUCAGACAACAUUUCUAAUCCACCUUGUAUGAUCCACCGAUAUCACAUCAGAACCUGACCCACCUAACUAGAAGACCACAGGUCAUGUC